AUGGUUUUCUGUGCCGCCGAAGGCUUUCAACAUUUCUCUCGCGAAUAUGACAUUGGGUUUCCCCAUAAUGUGGAACUCAAGUGCAAUUCAGAUGAAGUCAAAGCAAAUCUACGGGGCUUGAAGAACCGACCAGGUUCCACUAGGCCGGCCGAUAUCACCCAUUUGAUCAGGAAGAAGCCGCCGACCUACCCGAACAUCGUGGAAAUGAUCUAUGCCUUGACAUCGAAGAAGUACUACCUGAUGGUCAAUCUGGUGAUGCAAAAGCCAAUUGACACCAUGGUUUCCGAGCUCAGACAAGGGAAGUCCAUCAGCAAAGAACAAAUCUUGCGUGACAUGCGCACCAAGGCCGAAGAUCCCGACAUCGUGGCUACAUCGAGCGUUCUUUCGUUAAAGGACCCGGUGGCGUACACUCGAAUCGUCACUCCUUGCCGGUCAAUUGCAUGCAAUCACAACCAAUGCUUUGAUGCAGCCUCGUAUCUACAGCUUCAGGAACAGGCUCCCACUUGGACUUGUCCCAUAUGCAACAAACCUGCCCCGUGGGAGCAUUUGGCGCUGGAUCUGUAUGUUAAUGACAUUCUGAAUUCAACGCCACAAGAUGUCGAGGCCGUCGCCGUGGAGCCUGAUGGGCGGUGGCAUAUCCAGCGAGAUCAGGACGGCUCGACCCGUAACACCAAUCCUACUCCGAGUGACGACGACGAAGACGAUGAUGAUGAUCUUGUCGAGAUCGCGGGGCAGACAGACCAUCGGCUAAAGGUUGAAGCGCUUACGCCUCAUAGUGUCAGGACACCGCCACUUUCAUCCAGAGAGGAUUCGACCGUUCCAUCUGCCUCGAGAUCUGCCUCGAGACCGAGUAAAAGACCCCGCGAAGAAGUCAUUGACUUGACUCUCAGCGAAGAUGAUGAUGAUGACGACGAAGACGACCAACCGGCGCCAAAGCAGCCCAGAACAGGCGGGACGCCAUCUGAUCCCUCGCGCCCGCGAUCAGCGGCGGACCGGUUUAUUAGUUUCCAGACUUUUCACAUCCCCGUCCCUUCACCAUCUCAACACCUGAAUAAAAUCAAUCCUUCGCUUUAG